CAGUGCUAUUUCCCAGAGAGGACCCCGGGGGAGGCAGGCCCUUUCUCCGCAGCACAGCGCGGGGAAGGCUCGGACAACCGCACAGCGGAGCCCCGGGGCCGGACGGGCGCUCGCUGCCCUCAGAAGCGGCUCCCGCCUCCCGCGCUGCCGCACUGCGCAGGCGCGCCCGCCGGGACCCCGCCCGCGGGGGUUCAGCGCCUGCGCGAAGGCCCGGCGCGAGUGGCGGCGCCGGCCAUGGAGGGCUGCCCGAGCGCGCGCAUCCGUGAGGGCGACUGCGCCGUGCUCAAGCGGGACGAGGUCUUCAAGGCGGUGUCGGUGCUGCGCCGCAGAAAAAUAAUUUUUGAGAAGCAGUGGUUCUACCUGGAUAAUGCCAUUGGACAUAUUUAUGGAACUACGUUUGAAGUAACCAGUGGUGGAAACCUCCAGCCAAAGCAAGACGUGGAAGAGACUACCACAGAAACAAAGGAAGCAGGGACAGAUAAUCGUAACAUAGUUGACGAUGGGAAGUCUCAGAAACUGACUCAUGAUGACAUAAAGGCUUUGAAGGACAAGGGUAUUAAAGGACAGGAAAUAGUUCAACAGUUAAUAGAGAACAGUACAACAUUCAGAGACAAAACAGAAUUUGCUCAAGAUAAAUACAUAAAGAAGAAGAAAAAAAAAUAUGAGGCAGUUAUUACAAUUGUGAAACCAUCCACUCGCAUCCUUUCAACCAUGUAUUAUGCAAGGGAACCUGGAAAAAUUAACCACCUGAGAUACGACACCCUGGCUCAGAUGCUGACUUUAGGAAACAUCCACGCUGGCAACAAGAUGAUUGUCAUGGAAACGUGUGCAGGCCUGGUGCUGGGGGCUGUGAUGGAGAGAAUGGGGGGCUACGGAUCCAUCAUUCAGAUGUACCCAGGAGGGGGACCUGUUAGAGCUGCCACCAGUUGUUUUGGGUUUCCCAAACCUUUUUUUGAUAAUCUUCAUGAAUUUCCUCUCAGCAAAGUGCAGAGUCUCCUGUCUGGGACAUUCAGUACAGAGACUCUGCCUGCAGACCCUGAGGAGAAUGCACUGGAGGAAGAGGAAAGCAAUGGAUUGAGUGAGGAGAAACAGACUGCCCUGCAGGAAACAGAGGAGGAACCUGCUACUGAAGCACCUAUGGAAAUCAAUCCAACAGAAGAGCAAGACACAAUGGACAUUAGUGCUGAAGAUGUAGAGUUUAAAGAGACCAAAGAAAAAGAAAAUAAAGAAAAUGUCCGGGAAAAGCAUAUAAAACAGUGGGAGAGAAGGAAAAAGCUGAAAGAAGCUGCUGCUUUGCUGAGAGAGAAGAAUGCUGAUGGCUUAAUUGUAGCCAGCAAGUUUCAUCCCACACCCUUGUUACUUUCUUUAUUGGAAUUUGUUGCUCCUUCGAGGCCUUUUGUUGUCUACUGCCAAUAUAAAGAGCCCUUACUGGAAUGUUACACCAAGCUGAGAGAAAGAGGCGGAGUCAUCAACCUGAAACUGUCUGAAACUUGGCUACGGAACUACCAGGUUUUACCAGAUCGCAGCCAUCCCAAGCUGACCAUGAGUGGAGGUGGAGGGUACCUCCUGUCUGGCAUCACUGUCGUCUUGGAGAAGGGCAAAUCUGAUUCCAUUAACUCAGAAGCACUAAAGAUGGAAGAGCCAUCAUCUAAAAGAUGCAAACUUCAAGACCUUCCUUGUUAACAUUUGGAGAGUGACUCAUGGUUUAGAUCUCAAGAGUUUAGUGAAAUAACAAGUCCUUUUGUGCUGUUGGCAGAACAGGGCUGUGCCUGUCGUGCAUCUGUCAGAGGAAGCAGCAGAACUGCAGGAGAGGGAGGACUCACCUGCUCCUUAGCAGUUCACAUCAUCUGAAUGUCAAGGAAAACCCUUGGGAGCAAACAUCCCACUGAACCCACAGGAACGUCAAGAGAGAGAGAUCAAGAGCAGACAAAGCCUCAGUGCAUCCAAUCUGUUUGUUGUCAAAUCUGAAUAUGAGGUAGUUUUUUAAAAGGCUGAGUUGGAAUCAAUACAUCCCACUUAGCUUUCCGUUCUCCCAGAAAGGCAGCAGAAGAUUCCCCUCAGGAUUUCACGUGGUGAUCUGCUCCCACUUGGGACACAGAACUCAGCUCUGUUCAGUGAUUUAAGAAAAUAGAAUGGACUGCAAAAAUCAUACACUUUUUUUUUUUUUUCCAAAGGAACAAUAAAAAGAGAAAUCUAAUAGUAGAGAUGACCCCAUGCUUACAGCAUGACUCCACAUUUUUUAAAAAUAAAUACAGAGGAGAAAGUGCAUGUUCUUAAAUUAAAAUGCUAAAUAUUUAAACAAUGUCACUAUUAAUAUUGUCUGUCACUUUCCGAGACAUUUUCUGAGAGUUGCUGCAUGUUUUUAAGAUAUGACUAUUUUGAAAACUGCUGUAUGUAUAUUUAUUUAUUCUACUGUUAGAUCAUUCAGAUGUUGGGCUUUUUUAUCAAAUUUUUUUAACUUUGCAUUUGUCAUUUCAAUUAAACUACAGGGUGUUUUUCCCUAAAGAGAUUUAUCUUUUUUCUUUUCCCUCUUUUUGGAAAUAAAAAGAUCCAGCACAGGCUUUAAGAGGACAGUACUCUUCUGGCUGCACCCCAUUGCACCCCAGUGGGAGCUCAUAGGGCCAGGAGGGCUUGGCCUCCAUUCUGGAACUCCCUCAUCAGUGUCUGGACUGACUAGACAGAACCUGGCGCUUUGGGAUCAAGUGCUAAGACUUAAUAAAGCUGUAAAAUUCA